CACAGCUCCUCGGCCAUUCAGUCAGACAGUCAACUCCCCCGAAGAACCAGAGCCCCGUCGUCAGCUUCGCCUCUUUCUCUGACUGAGACUCCAAGCACACACACCACACCGACAACAUGCGUGAAAUCGUGCACCUGCAGGCCGGGCAGUGCGGGAACCAGAUUGGAGCAAAGUUCUGGGAGGUGAUCAGUGACGAGCACGGCAUCGAUCCAACAGGAAGCUACCAUGGAGACAGCGACCUGCAGCUGGACAGGAUCAAUGUCUACUACAAUGAGGCUUCAGGUGGGAAGUACGUGCCCAGAGCCAUCUUAGUGGAUCUGGAGCCAGGCACGAUGGACUCUGUUCGCUCUGGCCCCUUCGGACAGAUCUUCAGACCCGACAACUUUGUCUUUGGCCAGAGUGGAGCUGGUAACAACUGGGCGAAGGGCCACUACACAGAGGGAGCCGAGCUGGUGGACUCGGUCAUGGACGUUGUGAGGAAGGAGGCUGAGAGCUGCGACUGCCUGCAGGGUUUCCAGCUCACACACUCGCUGGGCGGUGGUACCGGCUCCGGUAUGGGAACCCUGCUCAUCAGCAAGAUCCGUGAAGAGUACCCCGACCGUAUCAUGAACACCUUCAGCGUGGUGCCCUCUCCUAAGGUGUCAGACACGGUGGUGGAGCCCUACAACGCCACACUGUCCAUCCACCAGCUGGUCGAGAACACCGACGAGACCUACUGCAUCGACAACGAGGCCCUAUACGACAUCUGCUUCCGCACCCUAAAGCUCACCACGCCCACGUACGGCGACCUCAACCACCUGGUCUCCGCCACCAUGAGCGGCGUGACGACGUGCCUGCGUUUCCCCGGGCAGCUCAACGCCGACCUCCGCAAGCUGGCCGUCAACAUGGUGCCCUUCCCUCGUCUGCACUUCUUCAUGCCGGGCUUCGCCCCGCUCACCAGCCGAGGCAGCCAGCAGUACCGCGCCCUGUCGGUGCCCGAACUCACGCAGCAGAUGUUUGACGCCAAGAACAUGAUGGCGGCCUGCGACCCGCGCCACGGCCGCUACCUGACGGUGGCCGCCGUGUUCCGCGGCCGCAUGUCCAUGAAAGAGGUGGACGAGCAGAUGCUCAACGUGCAGAACAAGAACAGCAGCUACUUCGUGGAAUGGAUCCCGAACAACGUGAAGACGGCCGUGUGCGACAUCCCGCCCCGCGGCCUCAAGAUGGCCGCCACCUUCAUCGGCAACAGCACGGCCAUCCAGGAGCUGUUCAAGCGCAUCUCUGAGCAGUUCACCGCCAUGUUCCGCCGCAAGGCCUUCCUCCACUGGUACACCGGCGAGGGCAUGGACGAGAUGGAGUUCACGGAGGCGGAGAGCAACAUGAACGACUUGGUGUCCGAGUACCAGCAGUACCAGGACGCCACGGCGGAGGAGGGCGAGUUCGAGGAGGAGGGAGAGGAGGAAGCGGCCUAAGGCCGAAGUCGCACGUCAUUUCUCAACUGCACUCGUCUUAAAUCCAUCCAACCAUCAUUCCACUUAUUUCUCUCCUGCUCUGUUCUCUUUCUCUGACUCCUCUGACCCGAAUGUUUCCGUUUGCCUCUCCUCUCUCUGCCACUGUCGGCCCCCUUUCCUCCAGCCACAGUCGGACUCACUACACUCUUAUCAACUCGCAGUGCUCCUAUAGAAGUAGCUAACACAACUGUGCUUGUGGUCUUUUGUCGGUAGCUUUCUCUUUACAUCAAGUCAUCACCGCCAGUCAAACGGUACCUGGGCCAAGUAUUCAAUGAAACCGUUCGACACAAAUUUGAUCACUUGUCUGAUUCGGCAUUGAUGGAAAUAAAUUUGUUGGGGGAAAAAACCC